AUGUUUAGCCCACUAAAAAGCUUGCUGGAAGACAGCCCCGUCAACUCCUCAUCAUCCUUGACUGGGAUGUUGGUUUUUGGCUAUGUCCUCCAGGUGGACUUGCUCCUAUGGGCGGUCGUGCAAGUGGCGGCGGGCGUGUGGUGCGCCCGCUACAUCCUGGCCGUGUACCGCGACUACCAGGACACGCCGACCGCCACUACCGUCGAGUCCACCACGCACCCCAUCUGGAGCGUCCCCUUCCCCGCGCUCGCCGUCUGCAAUAACAACAGGAUUAGCCGGGCUGCCGUUAUCGCAAUGGCUGCCAAUAUGAGCGCCGCCACCGGGCUCGAGGCUGGGCGGCUGGAGCGUCUGCUGCCGCUGCUGGGCCGCCUGCAUGAGACGCAGCCCGGGGACCCGCGCCACCCGGACCCCCGCCUGCGGGAGCUGCACGGCGCGCUCGAGCUGGCCGCCCAGCGAGACACGCCCGCUGCUGGCGAAGCGCCCUACCACGUCACACGCCUCAUGCGUCAGUUGACGCCGAAGUGCGAGCAGAUGAUGGUGCGCUGCAGCUGGCUGGGCCACACGCGGCCCUGCGGGGAGCUGUUCAAGCUGCGCAAGACGUGCGACGGCUACUGCUGCAUCUUCAACUACCGGCGCACGGGGGAUCACUUCGGGAAGGGGUCAGCGCGGAUACGAAAGGUACUACGUGUGAACGCAACGGGGCCUUACAUGGGUCUCACGGUGCUGGUCGACACCAUGACGCACGAUUAUGUAUACCCACUCAUCGCCACCCGUGGCCUCAAGGUUGUGGGGGCGGGGCGGCAGCUGCUGCUGUUCAAGCCCGGCGACUUCGCGGACGCGUCGAGCGGCGGCCUGGUGGAGAAGCUCCUGGGACCACGCCGUGAGUUCUUCAUCCGGCUGUCCGCGCAGACCGUGGCCGCCACGAGCGAGGUGCGCUCCUUCAGCCCUCAGAAGCGCCGCUGCCUCUUCGAGGACGAGCUGCAGGAGCGCCUGGGCAUGGACUACUCGCAGAGCGACUGCCUCGUCAGCUGCCGCAUCAGGUCCAUCACCACGCUGUGCCGCUGUCGGCCGUUCUACCUGCCGGACACAGAGAAGUGGGCAACGCCGCGGCCGCCAGACGGCAUCCCUGGGCUGGAGCUGGAGCGCGAAGAGUCCAUCGAUUGCCCUGAGUGCCUGCCCUCGUGCAGCGACGUCCACUACACCAUCAGGGCCAACUCCGCGCCCUUCGCGCCACCCAACGGGCUCGACACUUCACACCCACUCCUCGACGGCGUGGAACUGGGCAACCACAGCAUCGUGAACUUGUAUUUCGAACGCGCCGACUCCGUCCUUCUGCGUCAAGAUGUCCUGUACUACUGGUACGACCUAUUGAGUAAGUAG